AUGCCGUCUGCACAGAGCUCCCCGAUGACGCGGAGCGCCGCGGCCAAACUGCGGGCCAAGCGCAAGAGCGGAGGCGGCGAGGACGACGCUACCCUCGGCAGUGAUGCGCCCAUGACCGAUGCCGCGCCGAUGCAGGAGGACGAGUCGCCCGCGACGAAGCGCCGGAAGCUGCCGGUGCGGUUUAAAGAGGGCAAAGCGGCGACGGAGGAAAAGAAAGAGAAGAUAGCAGAGGACGAAGAGGAUGUCGACGAAGAAGAAGAAGACGCUGCGGACAGCGACGACGAGGCUCCCGAGGCCAUUUCGACGGUGCAGGCCGCCGCCGCAACCCGCCACUCGGCCCAGAAAGCGUCGAAAGCAGCAGACAAACGCGCCGCCGACGAGAAACGCAAGCGCCAGGAAAAAGACGCCCGCCUCAAGGCGCAGGCCGGGGCACGCAAGGCACGAGAAGAAGCCGCGGCCGAGGCCGCCGCAGCAGUAGCAGCAGAAAAAGAAGAAGAAGCAGCAGCAGCAGAGGCUCAGAGGGCAGAGGAGGCACAGCAGCCACGAAAGUCGGUGUCCAAGCUGCUGCCACUGGAGUUUUUGGAUUCCGACAGCGAGGGCGAGGACGAGGUCCAAGACAAGGCCACGACGAAAACGACCACGUCAACAUCCACGGGCACUCCUGCCAAAGCACUGUCCAAGGGCCUCCAGGCCACGCGCCCACGCAAGCCCAAGGCACACCCCCGCGACCGCCAGCUGGGCACGACCGUGUACCGGCUGCUGGCCGAGACCGGUCCCAAGACGCUGGCACCCAAGAUGGGCAAAGCGGCACGCAACAUGAAGCAGAGCCUGCAGGUACGGCACCGGGUCGGCAAGCCAGUUAACGCCGGUUUCCUGCGGCGGUGA